AAAUUCCUGGUAGAGAAUGGUCCAUGAAGGUAUUGUAGCAUCUAAGUAAUGGUUUCCUUAAUAUAUGUCAAAGUGAAAAAGGGCUGGUUUUGGUUCAAAAAAGGACACAGAAGGCUGAUUUGCUGAUUUAGUUUUGUUUCAUAAUAUUAAAACAGGAUCCAAAUGAAGAUACUGAAUGGAAUGACAUACUAAGACAUUUUGGAAUUCUUCCUCCAAAAGAAAAACCAAAAGAUGAAACUGCAGAAAUGGUUUUACACUCACAGAAAGAAGCAGGAGGCAAGUAAAAUUAAAAAUGUAUGCCAUUAGCAUAAGAAAAUUUGAAAAGUGGAGUGAAACCAUAUGAAAGGAUGAAUCUUGAAGAACUGAAGGAAGCUGAAGAUGACUUUGAUGAAGCUGAUAGGAAAGCUAUUGAAAUGUACAGGCAGCAACGCUUGCAAGAAUGGAAAUGUCUUCUGAGGAUGCAAAAAUACGGAGAGUUAAGAGAAAUUUCUGGAGAGCAGUAUGUAAAGGAAGUUACAAAUGCUCCAGAGGAUGUUUGGGUUAUAAUUCAUCUUUAUCGGACAAGCAUCCCAAUGUGUUUACUGGUUAACAGACAUCUCAGCCUGCUAGCCAGGAAGUUCCCAGAAGUCAAGUUUCUCAAAGCCAUUGUAAACAGCUGCAUUCAGAAUUACAAUGACAGAUGUUUACCUACAAUACUUGUGUAUAAAACUGGUGAAAUAAAAGGCAGGUUCAUUGGCAUAGCUGAAUGUGGCGGAAUAUACCUUGAAGUGGAAGAGCUCGAAUGGAAACUAGCAGAAGUUGGAGCAAUAGAAACUGACUUAAAAGAAAACCCCCAAAAGAGCAUUAUGAACAUAAUGACACUGGCAGUGCAAAAUAUUUCUGCUCAUGAAGACACCAAUACAAAAAGCAGUGAUGUGAUGAAACCACAUAUUACUUGAGAAAACAUUAAUGCAUAUCAUCUGUUCUGACAAAAAAUAGCUCACGUACACUUUUCCAGCCCUUCGGUAAGCCUCAAACAAUUAAAAAAAGUGUUUUUGUUUCACUUGUA